AUGCCCAGUACGGCCCAAUCUGACGAUGUACUACGCGCCGUGAUGAUCCUGUGCGGGUACGACACGGCAAGCGAUACGCCACUGGCCUUUGCUCAUCAAUCUGCUCACAUCCAUGGAUGCGCAGCCCUACUCGGUGCUCGAGGUGCUGACCAAAUGCGUACUAGCCACGGUCGUGUACUGUUCAUACAGGCAUGCGUGAACGUAGUAUCUUAUUGCUUGCGGACGUGCUCACGCAUUCCAAGCGUCAUUCAUCGACUGACUGACUUGAGCACCCCAUAUUUUGAUGAGUAUAGUCGAUCGAUCUGGGUAGCCCACAAGGUGCGACUGAAAGUCACCGACUGCUAUUGCGAAUACAGCAACAACAACAUCAAUGUCGACGAGGCCGUCCAAGGUAUGCUGGACCUCGAUUCGGAGCUGGCUGUCUUGAUCGAACGAAAGUGCUGGAAUGUCGCAUACAAUCUUCCUGCUUCGGAGCGACUGCCGCCAAAGUCGCCGACUCAAGCGUGGCACACGUUCCAAGACCAAAACAUAUACCAUGCUCUUUGUGCAUAUCGAAUCAUGGUGCAUCUUCUGAUCCGGAAUAUUGCACGUUCUCUUCCUCCUGCUUCUGCAAAUUGGGCGGCGCAGCUCAAGACUUCCCUGGCCACAAUCAACGAGUAUCAAAACUUGAUAUUGAUUAACACGCCUCGUCGAGUUUCAUGCGCACUGGAACUCUACAAGGCCAGCCAGGCACAGACACAGAUUGAGUCGCAAGCAUUCGACGUUCUGUCUCCACCUCUCGGAAUUUCGCAUGCAGAGGCUGCAAUGGCGAAUGUCGCCAUGGCGGAGACGCUGUCCAGUAACAAAGUUGUUCUAUCGGGGAAGCGCGAACCGGCCAUACUUCGUUUGUCUCGUGGGUACGGUUUGAUCUGGCAACUCAUGCUCGUCGGCGUCACUGCUGAGCCCAAGUCCGAUGUCAGAGUCCGUGCGGUCGAUUUAUUGCGGUCCACAGGCAACGAUCUAGCGAUUCCUCAAGCAACUAUCCUGGCCGAAAGGUUGGAAGAAAUUUGA